GAGAUUUAAGGAGACUUUUUUUGCCAAAAGUUGCUACACUAUUUAUUGUUAUAAGAGUGCAUUUUAAUAAAAUUAUUAUCAUUAGGCUUUGCUCCAAAAGAAUGAGAAUUAAGAAUUUACAUUGGACCUAUUUGCCCGAUCCAUUUGUUGAAUUUAGAGACUAAGCCCAAACUUUUAGCUAAAACGGAUCAGGGCCUCGCUUCAUCUGGGCCUGAAGAAAAAAAAAAAAAAAACAGAAAGGGAAGGGGCGAGCUUCUUUUACACGAACAGUGGAAUAGCUUCGACAGGCACAGACACUCUCUCUGUCUUAAUGCAAAUGUGUUCGUUAAAAUCCUUCUGUAUUCAAUCAACGCAAUUAUUUCCUUUAAGCAUAAAUUCUCUACCAAAAGUCAUUAACACCUCUGCUUUUCUUCGACAAUCAUUACCUCAAAUAUGUAUUCACAACAACUUCAAGUUAAGGGCAGUGUUGUCCACGGAAGAAGUUCCCCCAAAUGCCGCUCGACGGAGAAGCGACCCGCAGUGGAGAGGAGGGUUCAGUCUAGGAAUUGACUUGGGUUUGUCUCGUACUGGCCUUGCCAUUAGUAAAGGCUUCUCCUUUAAACCUCUCACUGUUCUGGAGUUGCGUGGCCAAAAGCUUGAAACUCGACUUCUUGAAAUUGCAGAAGAUGAGGAGGCUGAUGAGUUUAUAAUUGGGCUUCCUAAAUCUUGGGAUGGAAAGGAAACCUCUCAGUGCAAUAAAGUUCGAAGUGUUGCUGGAAGGAUUGCAGUUCGAGCUGCUGAAAGGGGCUGGAGAGUGUAUCUGCAGGAUGAACAUGGGACAUCAACAGAUGCUACUUACUGGAUGAUUAACGUGGGCCUUAGCAAGGGUGCUCGACAAAAGAGCAUUGAUGCCUAUGCAGCUGUGGUAUGCAACGAAAUGUUAUUUCCUCUUAUAAGAAGGUUAUUGUUUACUGUUACUUUUUGGUUGCAGAUGGUAUUAGAGAGAUAUUAUGCGGCAUCAGGGGAGGGAACUGAACUUGUAAUACCAAAGCAAUUGGAUCUUCAAGAUAAACUUCGAAAAGGUCCUCCCAAGGACAUUGAUUUUUAUCCAGAGUAACUAAAUGGUGCGCAUUUUAGUUUCUUGCUUCAACUAAGAUUCAGAAAUGCAAGCAAUUUAGUGGCAGUGUCACCAUGCCUGUUAGAUUCUAAUAUAAUACAUCUUUGAAUUCAUUAAUUAACUUUCUUUUAUUUGAAUUCAUUAAUGCAAGCAAAUAUACACUUAAGGUACA